CUUUCUCAGCUAAAUCUCGAACAACCAUGGAGAGGUAACACCAUCUCUAACUAACAAAACUCCAGAACGUCUGCUCUCUCCGUGUUUCCUCUUGUUGUCAAGUUUGCACUUCAGUGUGUUUUCUUCCGUCAAUCGUAUUUUCUGAUAUUCCGCUGUAAUAAGUCUGUGAAGAAAUGUCUUCCAACUAAAGGAACAAACGUACAUGUACAGAAAAUACAAACUCUGAAAAGAAACUAAGGCGACGUGAUACAUAUGGAAAGAUAUCAGCUGAUGAAAAAGAAGCAAUGUUAUUGCAACGACGCACCAAAAAAAUGGAGCUAAAAAAAUGCAAUGGUUCCAUAAAAUCAGUUGUUGAUUGUCCAGCUGAAAGAAUAAAGUGCCCAUGUGACACAAUAUUGUCAAAACAGACUGCUCUUACUAUAAGAGAGUCUUCUUCUGAUAAUGCCAAAGUAGGCACCAACCAUGAAACUCCUAUUUUAUCAACUCCUUCUAAUAAAGGAAAAGAAGUCGGUCAGUCAUUCUGUGUGUUUGAAAGAGGAUCAACAUGUGGUACAUCUGAGGGACAACAAAAUGCCUUUGUUGAAGUUGUUAGCAACAAAGUAGGUGGCUGCUAUGAAGUUAAUAGUUUAUCGAGUUCGUUUAAUACAGGAAAAAGUAUCUCCCAUCCAUUAUGUGUAUUUGAAAGAGGAUCAACAUCUGAAACAUGUAAGAGUCAACAAGAUGUCUCCCCUGAAGUUUUUUCAAACAAAGGCACCAGUUAUGAAAUUCCUACUUUAUCAGCUGUUUUUGACAAAGAAAAAGACGUCGGUCACUCAUUCUGUGUGUUUGAAAGAGAUCAACAUCCGGUACAUCUAAGGGACAACAAAAUGCAUCUACUGAAGUUGUUACCAAUAAAGUUUCCUUUUCAGUUGUGUUGAAAAGAAUAGCAGUGGUAGCAUGUAUGGCACUCCAAAAGGCUCCUCUUAGUAGCAAAUCAGCUGGAAGAAUUGGACUAAGCACAUGUUUUGUGCUGCAGUCAUUUUUCACUCUUCGCCCAAGGCUCCCGUGUCAUUUCUUUUUUGAAAUCAUGUGGAGAAGAGUCUCCUAAUUGUAACAGUUACACUUUAGCAAAUGACCUAGGGGACAUUGAGCUUCUCAUAGAAAUGAUGUUGCCUUCUUCGGUGGCAAUUUCAUAGUUGCAUGAUAAUG